AUGUCGAGUCUUAACCUGCUAAAUCCAAAGGCAGAGUACAUAAAAAAGCAGCAGGCAAUGGCCGUUCAGAUCACUGCUGCUUCUGGAAUGCAGGAAGUUCUCAAAACAAACUUGGGACCGAAAGGUACCAUGAAAAUGCUCGUGGGGAGUUCUGGGCAAAUCAAGUUGACAAAAGACGGAAACGUGUUGCUCCAUGAAAUGCAAAUUCAGCAUCCUACCGCUUCGCUGAUUGCUAGAACGGCAACUGCUCAGGACGAUAUUACUGGAGACGGCACAACAUCGACGGUUCUGUUCAUUGGUGAACUCAUGAAGGUGGCAGCGCGCUAUGUGAACGAAGGCGUGCAUCCGCGUCUGUUGACCGAUGGAUUUGAAAUUGCCAAGACGGAAUGUCUCCGAUUCCUCGACACGUUCGCUGAGCCUAUCGAAGACAUCGAGAACGACCACGAGCUUCUCUACAGCGUGGCCCGCACCUCCCUGCGCACCAAGCUCGAAGAAACCCUUGCGGACCACCUCACCGAAAUGGUCACCGACGCGGUGCUCACCGUGAAGCGUCCUGGCAAACCGCUGGACAUCCUGAUGAUCGAGCAAAUGGAGAUGAUCACGAAGGACGCUCUGGACAGUCGCCUGGUGAAAGGCCUGGUGCUGGACCACGGCGCCCGGCACCCGGACAUGCCGAAGUCGCUGAAGAACUGCUACGUCCUGAUCCUGAACGUGUCUCUGGAGUACGAGAAAAGCGAGACGAACGCGUCGUUCGUGUACAGCACCGCGCAGGAGCGCGACGAGCUCGUGGCCGCCGAGCGCAAGUUCACCGACGACAAGGUGCGCAAGAUCAUCGACUUCAAGAACACGCUCUGCCCGCCGGACGGCGACCGCAGCUUCGUCGUGAUCAACCAGAAAGGCAUCGAUCCGCUCUCCCUCGACAUGCUCGCCAAGGCCAACAUCCUCGCGCUGCGACGCGCCAAGCGACGCAACAUGGAGCGUCUCUCCCUCGCCUGCGGCGGCAUCCCCAUGAACAGCGUCGACGACCUCUCCCCCGCGGUUCUGGGCUUCGCGGGGCACGUGUACGAGCAGACGGUCGGCGAGGACAAGUUCUGCUUCGUCGAGGACGUCCGCAACCCCUUCUCCUGCACGCUGCUGCUCCAGGGACCCAACCAGCAGGUCGUGGCGCAGCUGAAGGACGCGGCGCGCGACGGAAUCCGCGCGGUGAAGAACGCGCUGGAGGACGGCCGGCUGGUGCCCGGAGCGGGCGCGUUCGAGCUGGCGGCGUACGAGGAUCUGAUGAAGAUGGCGGGAACGGUGGAGGGAAAGGCAAAGCUGGGCGUGCGCGCGUUCGCAGAGGCGCUGCUGGUGAUCCCGAAGACGUUGGCAGAGAAUAGCGGAUUUGAUGUGAUGGAUACGAUUCUGGAGGUGCAGGAGGAGAUUCAGAAAUCGGGAAUGAAGGGAGGGAUUGAUGUGGUGACGGGAAAGGUGAUGCUGCCGUCUAUGGAGGGCGUGUGGGAUAAUUACCGCGUGAAACGACAGUUUAUCCAGCUGAGCACGGUAAUCGCCAGCCAGCUGCUAUUGGUGGACGAGGUGAUGAGUGCAGGUCGGAACAUGGGUGCUCAGUCACAAGCGCCAGCGGAAGAGGAUUAAGUGUUUGGGUUUGUUGU